CACGGCGCUGAACUUGGUCGCUUCCAUGCAUGGUAUACGAGCCACCUUCACGGCUACCUGAGCAUGACUGUGUGCGUGUUCGGCAUCCUCGCCAACGUGCUUAACAUCAUCGUCCUCACGCAACGCAACAUGGUGUCACCAACGAACGGCAUUUUGACGGGACUCGCCGUGGCCGACAUGCUGGUGAUCGCCACAUACUUGCCAUACACCAUCACGACACACGUUAUGCCACCCACACGCACGCAGAGCUUCGGUACGGCAGUCUUCAUCCUUGUUCACGCGCACGUGAGCGUUGUCUUCCACACAGUGUCCACGUGGUUGACUGUGACGUUGGCCGUGUGGCGUUUUCUCGCCGUCAGCUUCCCGGCCUCAAGCAAGGAGUGGUGCAGCAUGCAGCGCGCUCGCUGGGCUGUCGUCAGCGUAUAUGUGUCGUGCGCUCUUUGCUGCUUGCCAGUGUACCUUUCGUUUACAGUGCACCAGGCAGGAACGCCACAGGAACCAUCGUACAAGGUCGACUUUAGUAACAUAACACGCGCCAAUGGCGCUUUCUUGCAAAAUCUAAAUUUUUGGACCUACUCGGUCCUCAUGAAGCUGGUCCCUUGUGUGGCACUAACAGGCCUCAGCCUUGGGCUGCUGCGAGUGCUCUAUGAAGCUAAGGCUCGCAAGCGACGCCUUCGGCGAGGGGCUAGUGGCCACAGCGGCCAUGGAGGUGGCAGUGAAGAGGCCCGGGACCGCACCACACGUAUGCUUCUCGCUGUACUCCUGCUUUUUCUGGUGACCGAAUUCCCGUCCGGUAUAGCUGCCCUUCUCAGUGGCAUUCUCGGCGAUGACUUCUUUCUGCACGUCUACAUGAACUUCGGAGAGGUUAUGGAUAUCCUGGCGCUGGUCAAUAGUGCUGUCAACUUCAUUUUAUAUUGCUCCAUGAGCAGGCAGUUCCGCAAAGCCUUUGCUGCUCUCUUCACGCCUCGUAUCAUGGCCAAGUGGUUUCCUCUGACGUCGGAACCGCCGAACAGUACCUACGCCACCACUUGUGUCUAGAGCAGGCUGCAUGCGCAUGCUGGCGUGCCAGUGGUGGCUU